AUGGCAUCUCUCCUCUCCUCGCGUGUCACUUGCCUCCGGACCCUCACGGCAGCAUCUCGAGCACUCUCUUCCUCAUCACACGCUCCAGCCGUAGCCGCGUUUUCCACAUCUACCCGCCUGCGCCAACCGACAUCCUUGAACAAGCACAUAAACCGUCCCAAAAUCAUUGCACAGCUACCCACCCCACGCUUUGUACGAAACGAGUCGACAAACGCUACAUCAUCAUCGUCAUCAUCAUCAUCACCCCAGACUUCACCGCCGACGUCCACCGAACCUCCGGAGCAUAUCCUCACAUGGGACCGAUUCUUCGCGCUACGACGGAAACGAAGAUGGAUCAAUCUGGGCUGCUCCGUUGUGACGGCAGUAGGAGCGGUGGGCAUAUUCGCGCCGAUGUUAGCAGAGCAAGACUUCGACACGUGGGGAGCACAGCUUAGUGGCUUGGAUCCGGUGAUUGUGCUGGGCAUUUCCACAUUCGCCAUUGCGGCAGGAGGUUGGCUAUGCGGGCCUUCGUUCGGCACAGCGGGCUUCACAUUGUGGGCGGGACAGAAAGGAUGGACACGAUUGAUUGCUCAGAAAGAGAAGUCCUUCUACGCCCGCGUGAAGAAGUACCGUGCCGACGCAUCAUCCUCCAGUCCGCAGAACCCCAUUCCCGAUUACUACGGCGAGAAGAUUGGAAGUGUGAAGGAUUACAGGAGGUGGCUGAAGGAUCAGAGGGCCUUCAACCUGAAGAAGAACAAGAACAUGAUUUGA